CGAUAUAGUAUGUGUGGAAGUGUCACUGAGCCCUCGGCCCUCUCUCGGUGGAAGACCGCGUCCGAGCGACACCUCGUUCCCUGCGCUUAGCUUACACACUCACUUCAAGUACCAUGGAGGGCUCCAGUAGUUGACGUUUCCUGAACCUUCUCUUUUUAAGCUUUCUUCCGUCUGAUCAACGAGCACCGGUUUAUUGACGUUUUGACUUAACGACGACCUUUUUUUCUCCUUCCAUCUUCAAAGAGCUAAUCACCAGCGGAAAUCAUGAAGUACAUCAUCGGCAUCGGAGGCGUAACCAAUGGAGGGAAAACCACCCUCACCAACCGCCUAAUCAAGAACCUGCCCAACUGCUGUGUGGUUCACCAGGAUGACUUCUUCAAGCCCCAAGAUCAGAUUGCGGUUGAAGAUGGCUUUAAGCAGUAUGAUGUCAUUACUGCUCUGGACAUGGAAGCCAUGAUGAGCACCAUCUACGCAUGGCUGGAGAACCCAGUGAAGUUCGAGAAGUCUCAUGGCGUCAAUAACACCCUGGAUGGGGAGAUUCUCCCAAAGUCCGACCACAAGGAGGAGACUCACAUUCUCAUUGUGGAGGGCUUCCUGCUUUACACCUACCAACCAUUGAUCGACGUGCUGAACCAGCGUUACUUUAUUUCCAUCCCGUAUGAAGAAUGCAAAAAGAGGAGGUGCUCAAGGAACUACACGGUACCAGACCCUCCCGGCCUCUUUGACGGCCACGUCUGGCCCAUGUACUUGAAACACAAGAACAUCAUGGAGGACACAGGCGUUGAUGUGUUGCAGCUAGAUGGAACCAAGUCAAAGGAGCAACUGUUCAACUUUGUCUAUGGUGACAUCCUGAAUAAUAUCCAACAUUCUCUUUAACAAAGGUCACAUGAUCAGCUAAAAGGAGCAUGUAUUCAGCCUGCUUGAAGACCAGCUCGCCUUAAGUUUCUACCUGGCAGCUCAUUUUAGCUGACUGCUAUGCUUUUUUUUAAUUGGGAAAAAAAAAUUGUAACCGGCAGCAUCAAAUGCUGGCAUGAUUUUAUAUCAAGCGUAUUUAUUGCUUUAUACAGCCUACACUCCACAUAGUUGGAUAUAUUCAGAGGAUGGUUGCAUACGUCAAUAAAUGAUCCUCAUGACAA